AUGGGAUCGAAUGGCACAGAGAACGGCUCGGUGGCAAAGCGUCGAAAGCUGGAUGGCGAGAUGCCUAAGUUGAGCACCACGAACGACUUGCUCAUCUGCUGUGCUUGUGGAGCGCAGUAUGAGGUGACCGAAGAGAACGGCCUAGAGGAGUGCCGAAUCUGUGAGGAUCCACGACAGUUUGUGCCAGGGACUGGGCAGGCGUGGACGACUUUGGGGAAGAUGCAGGCUGCCACAGCUGAUGAUGGCGUAUCGAGGAAGUACAAGAAUGUAAUCGAGAGAAGUGCAGGAGACAGCAAAGUAUGGGAAAUGUGGACGGAACCAAAGUUCGGCAUCGGGCAAAGUGCACGACUGAUCCAGACGACUCACGGCAACAUCCUCUGGGAUCUCGUGGCUUAUUUGGACGAGGACACGAUCAAACUAAUCCAGGACAUGGGUGGCAUCAAAAUGAUUAUCAUUUCUCAUCCUCACUUCUACACUACUUGGGCGGACUGGUCGUCGACCUUCAAUGUCCCGGUGUACACCGUCCGCGCGGAUGCGGAGUGGCUAAAUCGCCAGCAGCAUCCGACCGCUGAUCUGCGACUUUUGGACAACCCGGUCACCGAGAUCCUGCCCGGUAUCAACUCGAUCAUCGCUGGUGGUCAUUUCCCCGGAUCCCAGGUCCUCCACGUCGCGCCACCAAACACGGAUAUCCCGACACUCUUCACCGCCGACGCUAUCUUUCCAGCACAAUCGGCGAAGAACCCAGACCCAGCCAAGCCUGGUCAAAUCACAUAUAUGUUUCUCUGGAGCAUCCCGAACAUGAUUCCUCUGCCACCGGACGAAGUUCUUCGGAUCUUCUGCGUGCUGAAGCCGUGGGAUUUCAAGGCCACAUAUGGUGUGAUGGCCAAAUGGAGCAACUGUUUCGAGAAGAAGACUGAUCGAAGAUCGCUCCGGGAAAGGUUGCUGGAUAGCGCCCAGAUAGCUGUCCGGGCCAUGGGACGCGAAGAUCAUGAUAUCUUCCGAGAGACCAUUUGA